AGAAGAAGGUCGAGAAAGAGGAGAAGAAGAAGGAAGACGGCAAGGAGAAGAAAGAGGAGAAGAAGAAGGAAGAGGUUAAGAAGGAACCCGCACCACCGAAGCCGACUGUCCACAAGGCCGAUUUCAAGAAAGAUAUCGUGUACUUGUACCAGUUUAGCAGAACUCCGGUGAUCCCCUCCACGUCUCCAUUUUGCCUGAAGGUCGAGACAUGGCUUAGGAUGAACCAGAUCCCGUAUGAGAAUGUGGACCACAAAAUGUCGUUGCGCAGCAAGCGAGGACAAUUGCCUUUCGUCGAGUUGAACGGAGAGGAAAUCGCGGAUUCGGAGAUCAUCAUUGAGGAAUUGGCGAAGCGGUUCGGCAAGAACUUGGACGACAAAUUGACCGCCGAGCAACGAUGCUUGUCUCUCACGACCAUUUCGAUGAUCGAGAACGAACUUUUCUGUUGCUGA